AUGACCAUGAGCUCGUUUUUGAUAAACUCCAACUACAUCGAGCCCAAGUUCCCUCCCUUCGAGGAGUACGCGCAGCCCAGCGGCCCGGGCGGCGGAGACGGCGGCCCUGGUGGGGGCCCUGGCUACCAGCAGCCCCCGGCGCCCGCGGCCCAGCACCUGCCGCCGCAACCUCAGCUCCCCCACGCGGGCGGCGGCCGUGAGCCCCCCGCCUCCUACUACGGUCCCCGGGCCGCCCGCGAGCCCGCCUACCCCGCGGCCGCGCUCUACCCCGCGCACGGGCCAGCCGACACCGCCUACCCCUACAGCUACCGCGGCGGCGCCAGCCCCGGGCGGCCGCCACAGCCUGAGCAGCCCCCGGCGCACGCCAAGGGCCCAGCGCACAGCCUGCACGCCGGCCACGUCCUGCCGCCUGGGCGCCAGCCCCCGCCACCGCCACCCCCGCAUCCCCGCACGGCGGCCCCAGUGGCCCCGCGCCGCUGCGAGGCGGCCCCAGCCACCCCGGGCGCCCCGGCAGGGGGCAGCGCCCCCGCGUGCCCAAUGCUCCUGGCCGAAAAGAGCCCGCCAGGCCUGAAGGGCAAGGAGCCUGUGGUGUACCCCUGGAUGAAGAAGAUCCAUGUCAGCGCGGUCAACUCCAGUUAUAACGGAGGGGAGCCCAAGCGCUCCCGAACCGCCUACACCCGGCAGCAGGUCUUGGAGCUGGAGAAAGAGUUUCACUUUAACCGCUACCUGACCCGGCGGCGCCGCAUCGAGAUCGCCCACACGCUCUGCUUGUCUGAGCGCCAAGUCAAGAUCUGGUUUCAGAAUCGGAGGAUGAAGUGGAAGAAAGAUCACAAACUGCCCAACACCAAGAUGCGCUCCUCCAACUCUGCUUCAUCCUCAGCUGGACACCCCGGGAAACCACAAACUCAGAGCCCCCACACCCAUCCCCAUCCCCACCCCCACCCAGGGGCCUCCACACCCAUUCCCUCCUCUAUAUAA